AUGGAGACCCAGGAGAACAUCCCUUCCAAAGGCUUGCUGCAGGAGCAGGGUGGUGUGACCAGUGAGAGGAGCCAAGGGCACACGCUGCCCCAGGAGGCCGUGCUGGGCUCCGUGCUUAACAAGCCUUUCCGUCCGCAGUCCUUAUCAAAAUAUUCCCGUCACUACAGUCCAGAAGAUGGGGUCUGUCGUACAGUGUUAAAAGAUGAUCAUUUGACAACUCGGCAGCCUUUCCACCACAUUGCACAAAAGAAGUUUCUUCCAUCUGCAGUGUGGCAUAAUGCAGUGAGAGGCCUGUUUAUUCAAACUCAGGACACACCAAAUCCAAAUAGUUUGAAAUUUAUUCCAGGGAAGGAAGUGUUGGAAUCCAGGACUAUGGAGUUCUCCACACCAGCUGCAGCAUUUUGCUCACCUUUAGCAAGGCAAUUAUUCAGAAUUGAAGGAGUGAAAAGUGUGUUUUUUGGACCAGACUUCAUCACAAUCACCAAGGAGAGUGAAGAGCUGGAUUGGAACUUACUGAAACCAGAUAUUUAUGCAACUAUAAUGGAUUUCUUUGCCUCAGGCUUACCUGUAGUUACUGAUGAGGCACCCAGGACAGACACAGCUGCAUCAGAAGAAGAUGAUGAAGUUGUACUGAUGAUUAAAGAGCUGCUGGACACAAGAAUAAGGCCGACAGUGCAAGAAGAUGGUGGUGAUGUUAUUUAUAAAGGCUUUGAGGAUGGGAUUGUGCAGCUGAAGUUGCAGGGUUCGUGCACCAGCUGUCCCAGUUCCAUCAUCACCCUGAAGAAUGGGAUACAGAAUAUGCUCCAGUUCUACAUCCCUGAAGUAGAAGGUGUGGAACAGGUUGUUGACGAUGAUGAUGACGUGGAGAAAGAAGCAAAUUCUACUUGAGCUAACAUCAUCUGUGAUCAAAUAAGUAUUUACCUCUUGGUGUACGUAAGCCAUCCUUGUGCUGAGGAACAACCAGAUUUGCCUUUCUUUUCAGAAAAACAGCUGCAUUUGUAUCUGUGAAAAUGUAUCAUCACUUUAAGCAGUUUGUCUGCUAAUUUAUUAAAUGCCCUGCAUUCAAA